UGGUGGCGGGCGCAGGGCGCGGGCCUGUGCGUGUUCCUGUGCUGCGCCUCGGCUGCCGGCGGGGCGCGCUCCCGCUCCGCUGGCCCCCGCCCCCUCCCCCCGCGCACGCACAUUGUCCGGGCGGCGGCGGCAGAGUGCCCCGGCGCCCGGUGCCAAUGCGGGGUGGGCGCGGCACACCGGGGGUUCCUCCACCGCCGCGGUGGAAACUUCACCUCGCCUCUGGGCCGACGUGCGGCUGAAGCUGGGCCGGGCAGGGAGGAGCGCAGCAGCGGGGGUGGGGGGGGGGGGGCAGGGGGUUGUUCACCCGCCUUGGGGGUGCCUCCUCUUGUUUGAUUUAUCUUCGUUGGAAGAAAAGCCAAUAUUGUUAUCCCGCUUUAAACUUCCGUACCCCGCUCUUCACGGCGCGCAUCCCGCCUGGCAGGGUGUACGAGUCGGUAGUGGUGCUCCUGGAAGUCCUGAGCUUUGGUCAGCUGGAAGAUGACUGAAUAUAAGCUGGUGGUGGUGGGAGCUGGUGGUGUUGGGAAGAGUGCUUUGACAAUACAGCUCAUUCAGAAUCAUUUUGUUGAUGAGUAUGACCCCACAAUAGAGGAUUCUUACAGAAAGCAAGUUGUCAUUGACGGCGAGACCUGCUUGUUAGACAUCUUAGAUACUGCAGGGCAAGAGGAGUACAGUGCCAUGAGAGAUCAGUACAUGAGAACGGGGGAAGGAUUCCUCUGUGUCUUUGCCAUCAACAACACCAAGUCCUUUGAAGAUAUUCACCAGUACAGGGAGCAGAUCAAAAGGGUGAAAGACUCAGAUGAUGUUCCUAUGGUGCUGGUGGGAAAUAAAUGUGACCUACCAGCCCGAACGGUGGAGACCCGGCAAGCGCAGGACCUGGCCCGGAGUUAUGGGAUCCCCUACAUAGAAACAUCUGCCAAAACCAGACAGGGUGUUGAAGAUGCCUUCUACACCUUGGUGCGGGAGAUCCGUCAGCACAAGCUGCGCAAGCUGAAUCCUCCAGAUGAGAGCGGCCCAGGCUGCAUGAACUGCAAAUGUGUGAUAUCAUGACUAUGCUGACUGGACUGUGUCUGGAGAGGUUCCUACUGUGCAGAGUGCAAGGCAAGAGGUGAAGCGAAGGAAGAAACAAACGGAUUCAGGGGAGGAGUACAGGGGGAGAGGAAGAGGAAAUGGGAAGCAUGAGCCCCUCCAAGGACUAUCUCACACUUCACCCAAGCCUGCGGCAAACAACUUUUUUUUUUCUAUUUUUUUCUUUCCCCAUACCCUCCUCCUUUGGCCUCAUCCCACCCUGGCAACUGUACAAAGCCACAGAUUGAAUCACAGUAAAUUAUUACUUAUGGUGUCGACAAA